CGCUUCUCCCUCAGCCUGCGCCGGGCGGCUUCUUCCAUCCGGAGCGCAGCGGAGAACGGGCCGAAGGCCUUCACAGCGGGAGUACCGCGCAGGUACAGCCAAGGUCAACAUCCUUCGGAGUGCGGAUGCCAGGAUUUCCCCGUGUUCCUGCAGCAGUUCGCUUUUGUUUUGCUGUUGCUUCGGCUCUUGUGUACUGGGAGCUAAUGUGAACCAGCUCAGGAGAAGUCUUGUAAGGGCAAAUUUUGUAACCAUGGCAACAGGAGGCAGUGAGGAACCACCGUCUUCAUUGGGCCAAAAGGGGCACAUCAACCGGUUGAUCCAUGAGAAGUCCCCUUACUUGUUGCAACAUGCACAUAACCCCGUGAAUUGGUAUCCAUGGGGACCAGAAGCUUUUGCCAAAGCAAAGGCAGAAGACAAACCAAUCUUUCUAUCAGUUGGGUAUUCCACAUGCCAUUGGUGCCAUGUUAUGGAACGUGAGUCAUUUGAAAAUGAAGAGAUUGGUCAAAUAUUGAACGAGAAUUUUGUUUGCAUCAAGGUUGACCGGGAAGAGCGGCCAGAUGUUGAUAAAGUUUACAUGAUGUUUGUGCAGGCAACAAGUGGAGGUGGAGGUUGGCCGAUGAGUGUGUGGUUGACUCCUGACCUCAAGCCGUUUGUUGGAGGGACAUACUUUGCCCCUGAGGAUGGUUUACUCCGGCCAGGUUUUAAAACAGUGCUGAGGAACUUAGCUGACCAGUGGAAGAGGAACCGGAGUGAAGUUAUAGAGCGUGGCAACAAGAUCCUGGAGGCACUGCAGAAGAGUGUAAUGAUGAGUUCUGACAAGGAGAGAAUGCCACCACCUUGUCCCCAGGUGAUGCAGAAGUGCUUCCAACAAUUGGCUCGCUCUUAUGACAAUGAAUAUGGAGGAUUCAGAGAGUCGCCUAAAUUCCCUUCACCAGUAAACUUCAAUUUCCUGUUCCGUUUUUGGGCUUUAAACAAGACCAGUGUGAAUGGAGCUCAGGCCCUGGAGAUGGCUCUGCACACACUGAAAAUGAUGGCUCUUGGAGGAAUCCAUGAUCAUAUCGGGCAGGGCUUCCAUCGCUAUUCCACAGACCAACACUGGCAUGUACCCCACUUUGAGAAGAUGUUGUAUGACCAGGGGCAGCUGGCAGUUUCCUACACAGAGGCUUAUCAGAUAUCUGGUGACACAUUCUUUGCAGAUGUUGCUCGAGAUAUUCUGCUCUAUGUCUCACGAGAUCUGAGUGACAAGUCAGGGGGCUUCUAUAGUGCUGAAGAUGCAGAUUCAUACGCUUCAGCCAACUCGACUGAGAAAAAAGAAGGAGCAUUUUGUGUGUGGACUGAGCAAGAGAUCAGAGAGCUUCUCCCAGAUCCCGUCUCAGAGGCCACCCAAAGCAUAACCAUGGCAGAUGUCUUUGCCUAUCAUUAUGGUGUGAAAAGCAAUGGGAAUGUUGAACCAGCACAGGAUCUUCAUGGAGAACUGAAAAGUAAGAAUGUCCUCAUAGUCCGUUACUCACUCGAGCUGACAGCUGCUAAGUUUGGCUUGGAGAUAGAGAAGGUCAAAGACAUUCUGAGUACAUGCAGAACCAGGCUGUGUGAAGUCAGGAAACAGAGACCGCGACCUCAUCUCGAUAGCAAAAUGGUGGCAUCAUGGAAUGGUCUCAUGAUCUCUGGAUUUACUCGUGCUGGUGCAGUUCUGGGGGAGGAAGCUUACAUUCGACGUGCAGCACAGGCUGCUGCCUUCCUGAGGGAACACAUGUUGGAUCAGAACAGUGGACAGCUCCUACGCAGCUGUUACCGUGGAAGUGUCGGUGUUGUGGAGCAUGGAGCCAAUCCCAUCAGUGGGUUUCUGGAUGACUACGCGUUUGUUAUUCGGGGCCUGAUAGACCUGUAUGAGGCUUCCUUUGAGCACCAGUGGUUAGAGUGGGCCUUGAGGCUUCAGCAGAAGCAGGAUGAACUGUUUUGGGAUGCCAAGGAAUUUGGUUACUUCACGGAUGAUGCCCAUGAUACAUCGGUGCUAAUUCGCCUGAAGGAAGAACAAGAUGGUGCUGAGCCCAGUGGCAAUGCUGUGGCUGCUUCCAACCUUGUGCGGCUGGCAAACUUCACCAACAGACCAGACUGGAUAGUCAGAUCGAGGCAAAUUAUGACAGCAUUUGACAAGCUGCUGAAUGGUGUUCCUAUGGCUCUACCAGAAAUGGUCAUUGGCUUAAUGGUGCAACAUCAUCCAGUCAAGCAGGUCGUGAUCCGCGGUGAGCUUGAAGCACCUGAGACACGGGAACUGUUACAGUGCAUCAAUGCACACUUUGUGCCCAACAAGAUAUUACUGCUGGCAGAUGGGAACUCUGAGAGCUUCUUGUAUCAGACCCUGCCAUUCUUAUCUACCUUGGAAUUGAAAGAUGGCAAGGCUACAGCCUACGUUUGCCAGAACUUCAGCUGUUCGUUGCCAGUUACCUCAGUUGCCGAGCUCAAAGCAUUACUUAUUAAAUGAUGUGACAGUCACUCAGCACAAAGACACGGAGCAACAACAGACAAAUUACUUACUAUAAAUGCCUGUGAAUAUUGUUGAUUUUUAAUACUUUAUUUAACCUCAGGAGAAAAAUUUUGUGCAAGUCGAAAUGAUCUUCUUUUCAGCUUAGUGUGAUGGCACAAAACGGGUGAUCAUUUUAUCUCCAAUAGUAGUUUUCAUUUCAGAAUCAGAAUCCAGUGUAAUAUUACCGAUAUGUUGUGAAAUUUGCUGUAUGCAGCAGCAAUAUAUUGGGAUACAUAAUAAUGAGUAGUGAGGUAGUGUUCAUGGGUUCAAUGUCCAUUGAGAAAUUGGAUGGCAGAGGAGGGGAAGAAGCUGCUUCUGAAUCAUCGAGCAUGUGCCUUCAGGCUCCUGUACCUCCUCCCUGAGGUACAAUGAGGGCAUAUCCUGGAUGAUGGUGGUCCUUAAUGAAUGAUGCUGCCUUUUUGAAGCAUCGUUCCUUCAAGAUGUCCUGGAUGCUGGAGAAGCUAGUGCUCAUGAUGGAACUGACUGAAUUUACAACUUUCUGAUCCUUAUAAGAUGUUGUAGUUCUGAUAAUUGAGUAAUUUGGCUGAGUUCAUCUUUAGAACGAUACAAUCAAACAUAAUCUAGUUUCCUUGUAUUUGAGGGAGCACUGGAGGCACCAUUUUAUGCAUAACCUGUUAAAUGGGGUCACUGCCUUCCCUCUGAACAAGAUUAAAUAAUCCCAUGGUAUUAUUUCAAUGACAAGUAUAGGAGAUCACUCUGGCUUCCUGCCCAAAUUCAUCACCCAAUAUUAAGUAUAAUUGCUGUUGACAGAGCUUGCCAUGUAUGACUUGACUCCUUACACCAGUGACUGCAGACCAAAUCUACAUCAGUGGAUUUAAAGGACUUUGAGAUGUCACGAGAUUGUGAAAGGCAUUAUGCUUUACCAUCUUGGAAAAUAGAUAGCCUAUGGAACUGUCGGCACGCUUACCACCCUUUCAUCAUAGUUCUCCCAGUUGAUUCCCAUUCACCUUAAUGGUACACAUUCCACCAGAACUCCCUAAGGCCCUUCCAUCCAUGAAGCAAGCUGUAUUCUCUGCGUCACCUGAAAAAGAAGUAUUAUUUCCCCAAACCAAUUCCCUUUUCUUUUACUCAGUGCCAUAGUUAGUUUAUAACUUGGAUUGCUAAUAUGUGAUUCUUCUUCCAUUUGCACUGUGUUCCAAUCCCUGCCUCUCUCAUUAUUCACCUUAAUGAGCACUGAAGAUAAUGAUGUUAUGUAUUACCAUGCAUGAACCAGAGCACAUUCCUCCUGAUGGAUUGGCCACGAUUCAUCCUGUGGAUAUAAUUUGGACUUCAAAUGCAAGUAGCUCAUUAGUGGAGAAUGACUUUUUAAAUCGUAGGGUCAACAUCGUAUAUCCCUUAUGAUUUCUGAAACUGAAACAAACUUGGGAUAGUGAUAUAACAAAUAACAAUGUUUUCCAAAAGAACAAUUACCUAAAGAUUAGAUGCAAAUAAAUAAUAUUUCCCUGUGGACUUUCUCUGGUGAAGUUCCUUGCUGACAUUAUCUGUAAGAUAUUUCAAAACCACAGCUUGAUAAUUUUUGACUCCUUAAAUGUUUGAUAAGUACACCUGACAUAUUAUAAUGAACUGAUUAAGAUGUGUUAACAGAUUAAGCAGAUGCUUCAGUCUGAAUUCUGUUCUCAUUCAUUAAAUGCCCAUCAGUUAUGUAUAUUUUGCUCAUUUACCAUUAAUUCAGCCCUUUUCUCUGCAACAAAUAGAGUCAUUCCAGGGGAAUGAAAGGAAAACUCAUCACCCUGGACUGGAAAAAAUGGCAGAUGGAGUUUAAUACUGACAAGUGUGAGGUAUUGCACGUUGGAAGGACAAACCAAGGUAGAACAUACAGGGUUAAUGGUAAGGCACUGAGGAGUGCAGUGGAACAGAGGGAUCUGGGAAUACAGAUACAACAUUCCCUAAAAGUGGUGUCACAGGUAGAUAGGGUCGUAAAGAGAGCUUAUGGUACAUUGGCCUUUAUUAAUCAGAGUAUUGAGUAUAAGAGCUGGAAUGUUAUGAUGAGGUUGUAUAAGGCAUUGGUGAGGCCGAAUCUGGAGUAUUGUGUUCAGUUUUGGUCACCAAAUUACAGGAAGGAUAUAAAUAAGGUUGAAAGAGUGCAGAGAAGGUUUACAAGGAUGUUGCUGGGACUUGAGAAACUCA